CAAUGUCACAUGAAGUACCACUGGAUGAACCAUGGAAAUGUCCUAAUGCUAGAGAUUAUGAUAGUAAAACCGUUUAUACAUUUCUAAAUGAAAGAAUGUGGACAAAUUUGGCCAAACAAGUGUUGAUAAUAGCCUUAGAAAGCAUUAUGUCGGCCGAUCUUGGUGAAAUAUCUCUGCUAUAUUUCCUGUUCGCGGUUCACGACAAUGGCGGAAUAGAUGAAAUGUUGAAUGGACUUGGUGGAGCACAAGAUAGUAAACUCAUUGGUGGGUGCGGAGUAUUACCAAUAACGUUAAUGAAUAUUAUUGGAAAAGAUAAAAUUAAACUAAAGUCACCAGUUCAACAUAUCGAUCAAUCACAGAAAGAUUACAUUGUUGUUACAUGUAAAAGUUCAGAACAACAAUAUCGAUGUAAAUGUCUUAUAUUGGCUAUUUCACCUACCUUAUGUUCGAGAAUAAGUUAUGCUCCUAAGAUGCCUG